CGGAAGCGGAGCACAGCAUCUUUCCGACCAGGAAGCCUGGGAAAUAUAGUCUUAUUAGGCUCGCUAGGCUGCGGGCCUGGUGUUCCGAGUGAUUGCCAUCCCCGCGGUGCUCCCUCAACGCUCCGCUCUGUUUUUUCUCCCCCAUCCCCGUGCCAGGCCAGCCUCCUGGACCCUGGCUCUCCUGUCAGGCCCGCGACAGAGUGCGCUCGGGCUCCGGCAUGCGCACAGGUGUGGAGAAGGACUUAGGUCGAGCGUGCUUGGGACGCGCUGAGCUGCGCGCACGGCGUGAGAGCCUGGAUCGCCCUGAGCGCUGACCUGAGAUUACGAGAGCGACAUUUUGCGGUACGGAAGUGACAAUCAGCGUCUCUCCCCACCCCCGAAACCUUCCGGAAUAAUGUCACGCCUGUUUUUAUCUGGGAAAAGGAGACCCCCUAGAUGAGAUCGAGGAGCAAGAUUUAAAAGGUCGACCUGAUAUUUCCUAACGCCAUGCCCAGGCCAUCCCUUAUCGAGUUUACUCCAGCUGCCGACUCCAGUGACCUCUGGAAGGAUGGUCAGCAGCAACCACAGCCUGAGGAACCAGAGCCCGUCCUGGAUGGGGCUGCAGCCCGGGCUUUCUACGAGGCUCUAAUUGCAGAUGACAGUAGCGCCUCUAAGCCCCAGGGAGCUGAACCUACCAGGGGGAGAAAGAGGAAGAGAAGAGUGACAAGGGAGCCUGCGGCAACAGGAGUCCCGAGACAAGGAAGACCGCUGGAGGAUGAAGACAAGAUGACACAGUGGAUCCUGCUGGCAGCCCAGAAUGGGGAUCUGACAGAACUUCGGAGGCUGCUGGAACCCCAAGAGGCAGGGGGAGCUGGAGGGAAUAUCAAUGCUCGUGACGCCUUCUGGUGGACUCCCUUGAUGUGUGCUGCCCGAGCAGGCCAGGGUGCUGCUGUGCGCUAUCUCCUGGGCCGAGGGGCUGCCUGGGUCGGAGUGUGUGAACUGGGAGGCAGAGACGCUGCUCAGCUGGCUGAGGAAGCAGGCUUUCCUGAGGUAGCCCGCAUGGUCAGAGAGAGUCCUGGAGAGACAAGGAGCCCGGAGGACCAGAACCGAUCUCCCCCCUCCUCCUCCCAGUUCUGUGAGGACUGUGGUGCCCACUUUGAAGACUCCAACCACCGCACAUCUACUGCUCACCUGCUGUCACUGUCUAGGGGACCUCAGCCCUCCAACCUUCCCGUUGGGGUGCCCACUUCCAGUCCUGGCUUCAGGCUGCUGCUGAGGGGUGGCUGGGAACCAGGAAUGGGGCUAGGACCACGGGGUGAGGGCCGUGCCAACCCUAUUCCCACUGUCCUCAAGAGGGACCAGGAAGGACUGGGCUAUCGAUCCCCACCCCAGCCCCGAGUCACACACUUUGCGGCUCGGGAUACCCGGGCUGUGUCUGGGCGAGAGAGAGUACCUCGAGUUACCACACUGAGUCAGAGGGAGAGCAGAAGGCAAGAGGAGAAGGACAGAGUCUGGGAGCGAAAUCUAAGACUGUACAUGAACCUCGACUUCUGACUGAUACCGAUUGGCCUGGUCUGGCCCUCGCUGGACUUGGGCCUCUGACGUGGACACUUGGACUUCCAGACCCUUAGGCCUUGGCUCUGCUUUUAGAGAGAAGGGCUAGAGUUGGGAGAUAAAUAAACUUCCUUUCUUGUG